CAGUCCAAACAACUUUUCCAGAGGAACUUCGCAUCACAACGCGUCCAGGAGCCGAACAUCGAAGUGCUAAGAGUUAACAAAGCAGCCGUAUACCCCAGCGAAAACGUGUCGAGGAACAAGCGCAACGAUAGUUUUACUUUUGAGCUUUAAAAAAAUUGUUUUUUUUUUCUUCUAUAUACACAUUUUCCCUCACAGCUGCCGUUUUUGUUUGGAAGUAAAGAUGAGGAAUCUGUGGUUGUUGUUCCUUGUCGGGUUGGCGACUGGCUUUAUCAGUGAAAAAUUCUUCGUCUCCUCCCAAUCAGACGACAUGUACUUAGAGGGCCAAACGUCAGGUGACCUCCCUAUAGAUGAUGAAGAUGGUGAAAUCGAUGGCUCAGGGUCUGGAUCCGGAGACUACACUUUCACUGACUUGACAAAUCAAAAGGAGAAACUCCUGAGGUUCCACAACUUCUCCAGGACCACAGUCUCAAAAGAAAUGGUUCCAAGUCAACCACAGCCAACAGCAGACUCUCCUCACAACCCACCAACCACAGCAGCAGACAGCCAGGAUGAACCAACCACAGUGAAGGACACCAAGAAAACUCCAUUCAUAAUCCCUGGUGGGGACAGCGUGGAUGAGGAGGUGCCAAACAUUGGUCCAACAGCUGACUGGUUCACACACCAUACCAGUCUCAGCUCUACCAGCAUGCCUCCAAGUGAAACCACCACCACCAAAUUCAAUAUAGACAUCAGUGUAACCAAAAAUACCAACCAGGACCAUGUCUCGACACCCAAAAACGCUGGAGAUACAAUCCAGGAGAAAGAGAUUGAAAAUGAAAUUGUGGCCAAAGAUGGCAGAGGCAGCAGGAUGUAUGAGAUCAACAGUCCUGAAGAGGUCACCUCAGAGAACUUGUGGGAGAGGACAGAAGUGCUGGCAGCGGUGAUAGCAUGUGGAGUGGUUGGAUUCCUCUGUGCUGUUUUCCUCCUCCUCCUCCUUGCAUAUCGUAUGAAGAAGAAGGACGAAGGUAGUUAUGACCUGGGAGACACCAAACUUACCACAACACAGUAUCAGAAGGCACCUACCAAGGAGUUCUACGCCUGAACCGACCAGUAGGAACUUUAAAUGGAGUUUGUCUCCUCCCAAUCAGGACUGAGAAUGGAUCUAUAAACACAAUUCCUCUAUGAGUUUGAAGUUUGACGCCAAGCACCUCUGUUUUUCUGCAGAGCUCCCUCCUUUUUUCUUUCAUCUUUGCCACCUUUCUCCUGUGCUGCCUUCUCACAUCUAUAUAUGUUCAGCAUUUGUGAAGAAGAGGUUAUAAGAGAACAAAUAACACAAUUAAAAUACAUCCUUAUCAUUCCAUUCUAAGGAGGGAGUCACACAUUAAACAUUCUAAGUUUUAAGAAAGGAAACUUUGCUUUAAUAUUAGGACAGUAAACACAGUAAACUGUGCCUUUACACCCACGUUAUUUCUGAAAGCUGAACCACACGGGGCUGGACUUUGUUCUGCUUCACAGACGAAUUGAUUGCAGAGCUGCUGCCUUAAACUAUCCCUUAUUAGCUUAGCCUUAUUUUACAUACAUUGAGCAAGUUUGAAGAAGCAUUUGAGAAAUAAUACCAUUGGGAUUAGUAUUACAAAAGGCCUAUAAAAAUUGAAACCCUUUAUUAGAGGUCAGAUUUGCUCUGUUAGUUAACCUUUUUUGAUUGUUACAUUUCAUUUUCCGUAUGCUUUUUUUGCUGAAUUGAAGAUUCUUUUUGUUGUUAUGAGGAAUGAAUAUAUGAUUUUCAUAUGCUGUCCAGUAUUGGUAUGAGAGAUUUUUGUUACUCUGCAGGUACAUGUUUUUUUUUUUCAUAGAUAUUUGACACUUACAGAACUGAACAAAAUAUAGAUGUACUUUAUUUGUUUUUUGAUUUUUUUUUUUUUUUCAAAUAAUUUUUAGUUGCCUUUUCAAUGUUUUGAUGUUUAGAGAUUAUAUUUCUGUAAGCCAUUUUUUGAAAGGAGGUUUCAGUCUUUUCUUUCUAUUCAUACAGCGAUGGUAGCCUUAAGUAGGUGACAAUCCCUCAACCUUGCAUCUGUCCAACAUUAAGUAAUAUUUUCAAAACUGUUUUAUUCAGUGACUCUGCACAGCAAGCAUGUUGGACAGGAUUGCUAAGGUAGAGCCAAGACCAAGGACUAUAAUUCAGAAACCGUAGAAGUGACCAACAUUUUCUGACGAUAGCCAAAGCACAUUCCUUUCUGAAUCUCAACUGUAUACAGCUACAAUAGCAGGUUUGAACUUAAAGGGACAAGUACAAUUUAUAGAGUCAGGACUUUUUCACUCAGCAGGGUUGGAGAGUUAAAAUGCAGUCAAUUAUAGCUGACUGUUCAGUUCUCAAAUGCGAUAAAGCAAUCUAACUGACUGGAUUAUGCCAAAUCAGGAAUUUAUCCACUUUCUUUUUAGUUAGUUAAAUACUAUUCUGAAUGUAAGCAGGUUUUUAACACAAUUCCUUAAUAUUGGUCUUUACCUCAACCAGCCAGCCAAAGAAGCAGGGGAACUUUUUAGAGACCUUUAGAAAGGAGACAUUUAACUGCAGUGACAACAGUGUGGUAUUCCCUUUUGAUAACACAUUCUUUUUUACUUGUAUACACCCUAUUAAGUAUAUAUACAUGUAUUAGUGAAAAUAUCGGGGAUUCGCCUCAUGUGUCAUUUCUGAAUGAAUUUUAGCCAGCUGCACACUGCUUAUUUUGUGUUUUUAAAAAAACAGUACUUUUUUAGUAUUGUUUAUUGUUUAGUUUUCUUAGCUUCUUAUUGAAAUAGGGCAGAUGUUUUGAAUUAGCUCUGUUACAGUCUUUAUGAAAAUUAUCAAAUACAUUUUAAACCAGCUUAAGUUAUCAACAUGAUUGUGAUCAGUGGUUGAUACAUACAGAGAGGUGGUUAAACUAACAGUAGAACUGACCUCUACCAAUAUGUUGUCAUUGAAAUUGUUUUCACACUGUUUCAUUUCUGUUGCUCUGCCUUUGUUGACUUUGAAUUUAAUAUUGCAUAACAAACGUUAAAUUCUUCCUGUGUCAAAGGUCACUGCCCCUAUAUGUUUCAAGAGUUGUAGUAGAAUUUUUUAUUUCUGUUAACGGUUUGAUUCCCUUCGUGAGGCAACCGGAAAGCAGUCAAAUUUUUUUUGGUGUGACGCUGCAUUUAUCUUUUGUCCUUUAGUUGAGGCUACUUAGUGUUUACAAGAUAUAAAUUCCUAUGCCAUAGUAGAAAAAAACUAUUUUAGAGCUAAUCUAUUUUUGACCUGAAUGCAAGCGCAGACUACCUAUUCACUAUGGAUGGAAUAAACAGGACAAUCUCAUCACUAACCCACUGUGACUUAACUGUUGAUAACGUGAAAUUUGUUGGGCACUUGAAUCCUCAGAACCUCAACAAAGCAACACAUUGUAUGAAUUUAUUUUCAGUGCUCUGACAGGAUUACUGUUGUGGUUUGACCUACCAGCUGCACAAAACCACAACUGUAAUAGUUCUGGGGAAUAUUUUGACAAGUCUGUUUUCAGUACCAACAGAAAUGUCAGAGAAAUGUCUGACAUAAACCAUACCCAAACAGGGUUAAGACAACGGGUUAGCAUUUGCUGGCAAUGCAGCAAGUGAUGGCACACAGUAGCCUUCUCUUCUAGGACCUCUAAGUUUAUACUGUAUGUUGAUGAUACUAUAAUUUAUGUUUAAUAAUUUAUACUUGCUUAGACCAUAAUCCAGGUUGAUGUGUCAGUGAUAAAUUGGUAAUAUACAGUAUUUACUCAUGGUUGAAGCCUCUUUGUGCCUACUGCUCAGUUUUUGGUGUUUUUGUGUGUUUGACAAGCCUUCGCUCAAUUCAUUUUCAGUUUCAUCCUCAGUUUUCCUACUAUGCUUUUUUCAUAUGAAUGCAUUUAAUAAAUGACUUCAGUAGAAUAAUAAGUUCUUUGUAAAUAGCUAUUUUGUACCUUUAAUUUUCAUUUUAAUUGACAUGAAUAUGAAUUGACCGAAGCACUGAUUUUAAUAAAACGCCUAAACAAUGGAGGGGACCAACCAAAGAUCUGCUUGGAGAUAAAAUGGUGACAUAAGCACACGAGAUGGCCAAUAGAGAACUGUGUUGCUGAAAUGGUGUAUCUUAAAGAGGUUCACUACUGAAUAAAGUGGCUUUAAUGCGAUUCUCAAA